GCUAGCUAGUUUAUCAUCAAGUAAUCACAUAUAUAUUAUAAUACAUUAUGGGCAGCAAUAUUAAUAUGGUGACAGUAGUAGUAAGGGAUCAAAGGGAGGGCGAUUCCUCUGGCUCUGGGUGUGCACUCAGGAAAGGCGCAUGGAGCAGAGAAGAAUACGAUCUUCUGAGGGAGUGCGUAGACAAGUAUGGUGAAGGGAAAUGGUAUCUUGUUCCUUCUAGAGCUGGGUUGAAUAGAUGUAGGAAAAGUUGUAGACUGAGGUGGUUAAAUUAUUUGAAGCCAGGUACCAAACGGGGAACAUUUACCGCGGAUGAAGUUGAUCUCGUUCUUAGGCUUCAUAAGCUUUUAGGGAACAGGUGGUCUUUAAUUGCAGGUAGAAUUCCAGGAAGGACAACCAAUGAUGUGAAAAAUUAUUGGAAUACUCACUUGGGAAAGAAGGUAAUGAUGGCCUAUGAUAAACUUAAACACGUGAAAAAGAAAGAUGAUGACAAGUUUAUCAUCAAAUCCAACAUAAUAAAGCCUUCUCCUCGGACCUUCAGAAACCACUUUACUACUAUUGCAAACAACAAUAUUAGCUCUCCACCACCAAAAUAUGUUCAUACACUUAAUGAGCCUGAACCUAUUUUAGAGAAGAACAAUGAGAACUGGGAGUGGGAAAGCAUAUUAGAUGGCAUGAUCAACAACAAGGACCAAGAAGUUAUGAACCCUAUAAGCAAUAUUGGUUUAGAUGAGGAACAUAGUAUUGCAAACUUCUCUGAGUUAGAAGUUGAUUCUCAUCGACCUUCUGAGUCAAAAAUCAAGGACUAUACUACUAAUAACAGUAGUAUUUUCAUCACAGAUGGCUACCAAAAUCGCUCGAUGGACUUUGUCAUGGACAUGGACCUUUGGGAUCUUGGAAUUAGUUCAGCAGAGAAGGAAAUGCAGUAG